AUGACUGGGAAUAUCAAAUUUAGGAUGGGACGAACCAACAUUGAUUCAAGCCAGUGCUAUUCCUCAUAUUCUGGAGGGAAAGGAUGUCCUUGCAAGAGCCAGAACUGGAUCAGGGAAAACUGGAGCAUUUCUGAUACCUCUUCUGCAAAAGAUCUUGGACGGGAAGCAGACAUGGAUUAUGUCUGA